GCUGCCUCAGUGGCAGGAAAAGGCGGCGGUUACGGCGGUUACCACGCCAACAGCCGCCGCCAGCGCGCGUGCUCGCGCUAAGCAGGGAGAGGCCAGGAAAGGGGAAACCGACCAUCCGCCAUUACAAAAAAAAAACACAGCUUGCUAAACAAAUAUGUAAAAGAGAAAAAGGGCUUUUGCCUCUCACGCCGCCGCUUCUGCUCGCUUGUCCCCGCCCCUCCCUGAGAAGAAAAGCGAAGUAAGAGAUUUGCUUGUGUUCGUUGCCGGAACCAUAGAGGUAGGAAAUACUACAGGUGGCGCAAAACAUUAAUUUCCGGUAAGCCUGUUGGCAUCUGUCGGCUUCGACCUAUGCAAGUCCCUAUGGGUUCACUCACAGGAGCCUUGCUUUAUCAUAUCACCUGGAAUCUCUGUGGUUGCUUCAUCCCAGGUGGGCAUUUCUCUUUGUGAAGGCCCCAGUUCCUUGUGAGCUCAUUGCAUGGGAUGGCAAGGGGCUUCCUGGCCCGGACUGUUACCGUGGUUUCGCUCACUGUUACUCUAACUGCUGGUGCUGCUAGGUCUUCUUCCUGCCAUUACUUCUACCCACUAUUCCAAGCAGCCAGGAAUCUAGCCUGCAGCCCAUUUUCAGAAGGUUGGUUCCACAGUGACGCUGCCAAAAUGUCAAAUUAUAAAGAUCCUAAAGAAAAUGGGCAUAACAAAGCGAGGACCUCCCCAUAUCCAGGAUCAAAAGUUGAACGCAGCAAAGUUCCCAAUGAUAAGAUGGAUUGGUUAAUUGAAUGGGAGGACUACAGUCCUGUGGGAUAUACUGCACCGUCUGUUUUGGCAGGACCUAACUGGGCAGAUCCAGAGAUUGGGACAAAAAACUUUGCUCCAAAGUUCAACGAGAAGGAUGGGCAAGUGCAGAGGAAGAGCCAGAACGGCUUAUAUAAAGUGGAAAAUGGGAGGCCCAGGAAUCCUGUAGGCAGGACAGGGAUAGUGGGCCAAGGUCUCUUGGGGCGCUGGGGACCAAAUCACGCUGCAGAUCCUCUUAUAACCAGAUGGAAGAGAGAUAGCCGUGGCAAUAAAAUAGUCCACGCAGCAUCCGGCAAAAACAUCUUGCAGUUCAUCGCAAUCAAAAGGAAGGACUGUGGGGAAUGGGCCAUUCCAGGGGGAAUGGUAGACCCAGGGGAAAAAUUGUCAGCUGCACUAAAACGAGAAUUUAGUGAGGAGGCCUUGAACUCCUUACAGAAAACUGAGGCUGAGAAGGAGGAGCUGGAGAAACAACUGAAUAGGUUGUUCAGUCAAGAUCACUUUGUGGUAUAUAAGGGUUAUGUGGAUGAUCCUCGUAACACAGACAAUGCUUGGAUGGAGACAGAAGCAGUCAACUACCAUGAUGAAACUGGUGAAGCAAUGGAUAACUUGCACUUGGAAGCAGGAGACGAUGCUGGGAAAGUGAAAUGGAUUGACAUUAGUGAAAAGCUGAAACUGUAUGCCAGUCAUGCUGACUUCGUCAGACUUGUAGCAGAGCAAAGAGGAGCUCACUGGAGGGAAGAUCCUGGUUUGCCAUCAAGGGGUGGAGAUCAAAGCAUAAAUUAAAACUUGAACACAGCAGAUAGACGUUUAGAAGUGUAAUGACAGGUUAACGCUGCUUUAAGAAUGAGAUUACUGGUGUAUGAUUUAAAUAAAGGAUGGGGAAACUAGCCCUCCUUAUGUUAUUGGACUCCAGUUCCCAUAAGCCCCAGGCAGCAUGACUGAUGGUCAGGAUGGAUAGGAGCUGUAGCCCAACAACAUCUAGAGUUCCACAGAUUCCCAUCCCUGAUUUAUAACUACAGACAGUGAUAGUUAGCUAAAUCCUCUUUAUUUCAGCAAGAGACACUGCAGCAUGUGGUGUUUAACUCUUCCAUUAAAAUUAAAUCAAUGGGGCUUCAAAGUGUUUUGUUUUGGCUGCAUCACACCCUCUUCUUAUCAGAAAGUACUGCUCAAGGUUUACGUAACACAUUCUGCAUCCAUUAUGCAUGGAGAAGAAAUACAUGUGAAAGGGUGAUGAUCAUCACCCUUUUUGUUGAUCAACAGAUGUGCUGAGAGGCACUGGGAGGAAGGGCGGGAUAUAAAUCAAACAAUAAAUAAAUAAUUUAUAACAAUUACUAAAAUAUUCAGCUACAAAACUGUCCAUGAUAUAAUUGCGAGCUUGAGAGGGGAAAAUUGGGGCACUGGAAAAUACCGUUUAUUUUUUAUAAAAGCCUGCUGUUGUGCUCCCAUUUUCCUCCUGUGUUGCCGCUGCCAAAUAGGCCUUUCAGAUUUUCAGAUCUUAUAUGGCAUUAUUUAAUGGUCAUUAGGAUUUUCGUACAACAGUUCUGCAGCUCCACAUGUCUUUUACUUCCAGAUCUUGAUCUAAUGUUCGGGAAAUAAACCUUCCCUGUCAACACUUAAUAUUUCUUGCCAUAAUCAGGAAGCAGUUUAGGCUGCACUCCUAUGCACUUUAUCUGGGAAUAAGCCCCAUUGAAUCCAUUGGGACUUACUUCUGAGUAAUUGUGCACAGGAUUGCAGUGUGUGCCUUUGAGCCAGAAUCUGAACUAAUCUCACGUUCAUCCUACAAACCACCAGCAAGGCAUUUUACACCAAAUAACAGUCCUAUUAUUCCUAUUUUACCAUACUGAUCCUAGACUUUGUAGCGGAGAAAGAAAUUAUAGAUGUAAUUAGAAGAGAAAUCCAAUGUGGAUUUCAAUCCCAGAGCCCCUGAUUUCAAAACAAAGGGCCACAUUAAUUAAGCCAGUAUAAAACCAUAACUUGAAAUGAAACACUCGAACAGGAUUUAGCUUACGUUGGCAUUUUCCUUGUUUUUAAAAAUAGCAUGAGAUACAAAGAGCGCUUUCAAUUCUGCUGGUUCCCUGUUCUGGCUGAGUAUCACUUAGUGCUUUGGCCACUCUGGAGAAUCUUCUGAUACGCAGGAACAGGUUAUUUUAAUGAUUGAAAGAAGUCUAUGAAGCUCUUUGGGCCCAAUCACGGAGCUUUCUUGUUUGAAACCACCAGCAGUUUACAAACCUACUUUCAUGUGCUCAUGAUUCCAACACCAAAGCGAUUGUAAACUGUCUUGGGCCACUCUGAAGAUUAGCUUUGCUUCUGUGCCAGUGCUGGAACGGCUUCAUGGGAUGCCUGAAGGUCACUAUCCUUGGGAGCUAUCCUGGAAAUUUCAAUGAUAGUGCAGAUUUAGCAGCAAAUCACUGAUAAUGCUAACCUAAUAUGCUGAUAAGCUUUUCAUUGUUACAGUGCUUCGUUUUCCUUAAGAGCCUGUGUCUAAAGUUGGAGGCGGCUAUUCAUUAUGUACCCUGGUGUUUGUUAUGUCAACCUGCAUUUAUUUUCUAAAAACACACACAAAGUGGUUUUAUUCUCUGACUAUUCUCUUCUGAAUAAAUUACACUGAGGUUACUGACUGUGG